GGAAAGAAUGAAAGAAUGGUCAUUGAUGACGCGGAGCACGAGCAACCAAAGGACGUCAUCGUCGUCACUUAGCGUGGCAGCAGUUCACUCGAAAGCAUGCUAAAACACGCGACCCCGGGUUUCCCGCUCGACGACUGCAAUUCCAUGGCCCAACCGUUCCUCGCUUGGCCGCUCCCAUUUUCAGAGCACGAGUCAGCACCGUCACUUGUUGCGUCCCCCUUGCGCGCAAAAGGAGUGUUCACGCGAGCCAUCAUGUGCCUGAGGCUGGUGGAGAGGCGCCGCGCAGUCGCAGGUGCAUUAAGAUGUGUGCGAAGUUCGGGCGCCGCAGCCUGCGCCGCAAUCAAGGAGCUGCCGCAGGGCGGCGCGGGCUUCGAUGUCCGGGUCUGCAAUGACUGUCACACGACGUGGGACCGUGACGAGAACGCGGCCCGCAACGUGCGGCUGCUGUUAAUCCUGCAGCUCCUGGGCCGCGACCGGCCGGCGGUCUUCUGCCGGCAGGAGGGCGGCGCGGGAGCGGCUGGUUGAAGUUGACUUAGUUGCUGGAGGUUCCCCUGGCCCGCUGCUGCCUCCCAACUCCGGGUCGCGGUGUCUGGGCGAGGCGCUCGUUGCGUGCAACCAGCCUGUUCAAUCAGGUGUGUUUGAGGUGUCGGUCAUGCGACGCCUUGCAGUAAAUGGCUGUGGGGGAGCGCUGAGACGGACUUGCGUUGCGAUAAGGAGGUUAGUUGGUGUGCGAUGGGACAGUGGUAAGGCAGGUUGUGUAGCAGGAACGCCGUAAAAGGACUUGAUGACGAGCUGGGGCUACCCUUAGAGUAGGGACUUACGCGCCGUCAGGCCUUCCUCCCACAGGUUGGCAAAGUCCCGUAAGGAGGUUGGCGUGUGUGGUCACGUGGAGAGGAGCAGAGCGGCCACAAUAAGUUCCCAAAUUGGACUUGACAAUGCGGCUAGUAUUGACAUGCCGUGCGAAACUAUCGGACAAUCCAGUAUAUGUAGCUGGUACAGAUGCGGAACACUGCUAGGGACCUGCAAUCGGGCAAAAUGAUAGCGAGUGAUUGGGAGUGUGUGCUGCUGCAGCGUGUGUGUGCAGAGUAUGGAGGACAGGUUGAGCCUGCCCUCCCCACUCCCCAGCCGUCCAGCCGAGGUCCGUUGAUGUGAUGGGUUGAUCCUGUCUAAGCGCUAGCCCCAAUACACCGUCCUGAGUGGUCGUCUGUUCUAAGCGCAAACUCAACACAUUGCUUCACCGUGUGGGGACGCGGCGUUGGCAAGAGCCACGAAUGGCCCUAAUACCGUGGGGGCAUGUUGCACCCGUGGAGGGCACUGUAGCGGGUACAUUGCCUGUAAGUUAUUGCUCUG